AUGGCCAUUUAUCAGAGGCAAAUACCCCAAAUAAGUGUGCAAACAGAGGAAAGACCAGUAACUAAGGCUAAUGUAUUUAUUAUGGGAUCGUUACACACAGAUGAUGAUGACUACUAUUUUGCCCACAGUCCGGCUUCUUGUUCUUUGUCAGCUUUUUCAACAGCUUCUCAAUUUGGGGAUUCAACCCUAGGGAACUUGUAUGACAUUAUUAGUGACUCAAGCCAAAUCCAUUGUUCAUCUCCAUCCAUGCAGUCAAAUUCUACUGCCGAGGCUCCUAAGAGUUUUGAUUUUCUCAGCAACUUUCCUAAUGAAAAUCAACUUCCAGCUGCAUUAUCCGAGUAUCUCUUACCAGCUGCAGAAAUGUCACCAACACCUCAGAAUUCCUCCAUGGAUGUUCAUUGUAGCAACUACCAAGAACUCUCUAACUAUUCACAAUCAUCACUAUUGCCUGUGGGAAGUGAAAAUAAUUGGAGCAAUGAAGUUAAUGACGGUCUUAGUAAUGUUGAAGUGAACCAAACAAGUUUCAAUGAUAUUAGUGGAGAGAAUGGCUAUCAAAAUGGCAAAAAAAUUCCUCAAGGACAAGGAGGUCGCAGAGGACAUCGUAGAAGACCUAAUCGCUCACUAAGUGAGAGAGGCUCAAUCUACCGAGGAGUUAGUAGGUAUACUGCACGUUUUGAAGCAUUUCUAUGGGAUAAUACUGAUCCAGAAGAGAAAUCAAAAACAGGUGGAUUUGACAACGAAGAGGAUGCAGCUAGGGCUUAUGAUUUGGCUGCUCUUAAGUUAUGGGGCAAGACUGCACCAAUAAAUUUUCCUUUGAGUGACUACAAGAAGGAUUUGGAGGAGAUGCAGUCCAUGACAAAGAAUGAAUAUUUGCAAAACCUUAGAAGGAAGAGUAGAGGCUUCGCGAAGGGAACAUCAAUUUUCCGUGGAGUUUCAAGGGCUCAAGGUGGCAUUUGGGGUGUUUAA